AUGCCACCUACCCACAAUGCGCAACAUAAGAAUCACCAGGACCAAAUACCCCCUACACCAUGUUGGGGUGGUGCUUUUUACCCUGGCAGUAGAAUCGUAGCAACCGCACCUGGACGAGUAUUGGCUUUAAGGUUAACAUUCCGUGUAGAUGAGGUAACUGUCCAACAGGAUGCCAAUCUAUGGCUACCUAUAGAAUGCAAUAUCUCUAGCGUAGACGUAAACAAGGCAAAGCACUUACAAGAUGCAUUCGGAUCCCGACCAAAUAUAACAACCCACACCAAUUCCAAUGACCAAGAACGUAUCGACUGGCUUCAAACGGCUACGACCAUCCCACCGUCUAGUAACACGCUCUAUAUUCACCCUCCACCAAGCAACGGGUGUGGCACUAGUUUUAGUAAGAAGUUCCUGGAACAAAAGGCGACAAGCCCCAGUCAGAUUGUUGUACUGAAAUCCGAAUGA